UAUUCCCCUAAAUCCUACACACUGCUCCUUUGAAUAUAUUACUGUUGCUUUAAUGCACCUUAAGAAUGGCACCAGUGCACACACUGUGGUUCCUGUUGUGCUCUGUGUUACAGUGAUACAGGGUCAGAAUGGCUGGGGAGUGACUUACAGUCCUACUAAGAUCUGUGCUGUAAAAGGAUCAACAGUGGAAAUACACUGCAGAUACACAUACCCAUCCAGAAUAUAUGGCCGUCAAAAUACAGUUGAAAAAACAUUCUGGUUUGCCAACAUGUAUCCAUAUGAUCUUGUAGAUCUGACAACAGACCCACAGUAUUCAGGUCGUGUGCAGUAUGACUGUGAUAAGAUUAGGAACAACUGCACUCUGAGAAUUACAGACCUGAGAGAGAGCGACUCAGCUGAGUACAAGUUCAUGUUCAUAACAGACCAACCCAAUGUUUAUACUGGUUCACCUGGAGUCACUUUGUCUGUCACAGGUCUCCAGGUGAGCAGAUCAUAUAAUUUUUUGCGUGAGUGGCUUGACUGUCAAAGCAGUUGUGUACCUGAUCGCCCUUCCUUCAUCUGGUACAAAAACGGACAGAAAAUUCAGACAGAAGCAUCUUCUUCUUAUUUAAGCAACUAUAAUUACAAAGACAGCUAUUCUUGUGCUGUAAAAGGAUAUGAGGAUUCCCCCUCUCCUCCAACAUGUGCCGAUGGUCAAACCUGCAACAGAGUGACGUACACUGACAGAAACAUCUGUGCCUUCAAAGGCUCAUCAGUGGACAUUUCUUGCACUUACAGCAGUUACAAGAAUCAUGUUGAAUCCAAAUUCUGGUUCAGUCCUGAACGUAAAGAUCAGUGGCAGAAUCCCUCACAGCCUGAGGACCUUAGUAAAGACUCCCAGUUUGCAGGUCGUGUUCAGGUCAUUGACACAGAGAGAGGACGCUCCACCCUGAGAAUCACUGACCUGAGAGAGAGCGACUCAGCUGAGUAUCACUUCAAAUUCACAACACCAAGCUUUGAAUGGAGGAGUAGUUUACCUGGUACAACUCUGACUGUCACAGCUCUCCAGGUGCAGGUGACCAGAAUAUCAGUCGGGCAGUUUGUUACUGAGGCAGAGCUGAAGUGUCACAGCAGCUGCAGUCCAGCUGGUCGUCUUUCCUACGUCUGGUUCAAUAAUAAAGUGGAAAUUACUGGAGUGGAGACAUCGUCUUAUAAAGCCUGGUUAUAUCUUGGUGACAAUGUCUCCUGUGCUAUAAGAGGACGCGAGGAGUUCCCCUCUCCUUCAGUGUAUGCUCCAAAGCUUCCCUCUGUGUCAGUGAGUCCCUCUGCUGAGAUAGUGGAGGGCAGUUCAGUGACUCUGACCUGUAGCAGUGAUGCUAACCCAGCAGCUAACUACACCUGUUACAAGAAGACAGUAAACCCCAGACCUCUCAGUGACACACCACAGCUUGUCUUCAGCUCCAUCCAGUCCUCUGACUCUGGACAGUAUUACUGCACAGCAGAGAACGAGCUGGGGAGGAGGACGUCUAAUGACUUCACCAUGGAUGUGAAAUAUGCUCCAAGAGUUCCCUCUGUGUCAGUGAAUCCCUCUGGUAAAAUCAUGGAGGGCAUUUUAGUGACUCUGACCUGCAGCAGUGAUGCUAACCCAGCAGCUAAGUACACCUGGUACAAGAAGACCGUAAACCCCAGACCUCUCAGUGAAGGACCACAACUUGUCUUCAGCUCCAUCCAGUCCUCUGACUCUGGACAGUAUUACUGCACAGCCGAGAACAUGCUGAGGAAGAUGAGGUCUAAUGACUUCACCAUGGAUGUGAAAUAUGCUCCAAGAGUUCCCUCUGUGUCAAUGAAUCCCUCUGGUAAAAUCAUGGAGGGCAGUUCAGUGACUCUGACCUGCAGCAGUGAAGCUAACCCAGCAGCUAAAAAGACCUGGUACAUGGAAAACCAAAAAGUGCUUCAAGGAUCAGACGGUGUAUAUCAGUUCAUGUCCAUCAGCUCUGAAGACAGAGGGAAGUACUACUGCACAUCUGAGAAUCAACAUGGACGGAUUAACUCUUCAUCCAUUUUAAUAGAUGUCCAGUAUGCUCCAAAGCUUCCCUCUGUGUCAGUGAGUCCCUCUGCUGAGAUAGUGGAGGGCAGUUCAGUGACUCUGACCUGUAGCAGUGAUGCUAACCCAGCAGCUAACUAUACCUGGUACAAGGAGGAUGAAGACUCACCAAAAGCAUCAGGACAGAUCUUCACCAUCACUAACAUCAAAGCUGAACACAGUGGGAAUUAUUACUGUGAAGCCCAGAACACAAGAGGACGUCAUAACUCCACCUUACAACUGACUGUUGUGGCAGAUAAAUCAACAAAUACCAAAACGAUCAUCACGUUGACACUGGUGUUUGUCAUGUUGAUUCUACUGCUUCUUGCUCUUCUUUGCUGUGUGAGAUUCAUGAAGAAGCAAACUCUGAGCUCCACCACUGAGCUGAAUGAACCCAAUGAGACUCUGGAGCAGUCAGAGUUUGAUCCUUGUACAAUCAACUCCUCAGCCUUGAGCACCAUCACUGCAGCACAGAUAGAAGACGCAAAGGAGAACCUGGUGUGAAGGAUCCGCCAGGUUUGAUGCUGCUGCAUGGAAAACCUAAUGAACUCAAAACAACUUCGUCCAUUUAUGAGUUUUCAGGUUUUAGUUGCAGCCGCAUGUAGCAGAAGAUUUGAGUUCAAUGAAAGCUUUAUUUGUACCUGUGCAGGUACAAUACAUAUAUCAAGGAUUUCAAAAUGGUAUUUUACGUUUCAAUAAACUGCUUGUGAAAAAAAAAAUAUAUAUAUAGCCACCACCUCACACCUGUCCUGUCAGUCUGUUCAAAACAGAAAUGUCACUGGAAGCAAAAUAUUUCACAGUGCAUGUUUGAACACACUGAAAAACAUCCUCAGCUUUAUCACAUUUUGCUAGUUGUAACAUAUUCAAAGUUUUGCAGGAGCUGGCUGAAACAAACAUCCAGCUUCCACAUCAACUCUGCAG